UACACACAUAUACACUGCUAUAUGUACUGCCAUAUUGUGAAGCUUACAUGUAAACUAAACGUAGAAAAAAAAAACAAAAAUAUUCAACCAUUGCUAAUAUUGAUGUCGACAUCAAUAAAGUUUAACAUCUAAUACAUACUUAUUUUUCUGAAUGAAAUAAAUGGUGUUAUCAUAAAUCUUCAAUAAGAAAAUGUCCAACUCGUCAACAAGUGCACCAGUCAGUCAGAUAUUGAAAAAUGCUAGCACAUUUGAAGAUGAACCAAGAAAGAAAAGUCGCGAAGACUGGCGUAAAGCAAAGGAGCUUGAAGAGGCUAGAAAAGCUGGUACUGCACCAGCUGCUGUAGAUGAGGAGGGUAAAGAUAUCAACCCUCAUAUCCCACAAUACAUAAGUUCAACACCUUGGUAUUAUGGAGCUUCGGGACCUACAUUAAAACAUCAGAGACCACAACCAGAGAAACAAAAAGAAUUUAGUGAUAUAGACAAAUGGUAUAUUAGAGGACAAUCAACAAAGAAAGCGACUAAAUGGCGUGAAGGAGCAUGUGAAAAUUGUGGAGCUAUGGGACAUAAAAGAAAAGAUUGUUUUGAAAGACCUAGAGCCAGGUUAGCUAGAUUUACUAAUGAAAAGAUUGCACCAGAUGAAGUUCAGCAACCAACACUCUCAUUAAGUUAUGAUGGAAAAAGAGAUAGAUGGGCUGGUUAUGAUCCAUCAGAACACAGAGCAAUCGUUGAAGAGUAUCAGAAAAUUGAAGAAGCCAAAAAACAACUUAAAGCAGAAAAACUUAAUUCAUCAGAAGCAGAAGAAGAACAAGAUGAAGAUGAAGAUGAUGAAGAUAAAUAUGUUGAUGAUAUUGACAUGCCUGGUACAAAGGUGGACAGUAAACAACGUAUUACUGUUAGAAAUUUGAGAAUAAGAGAAGACACUGCAAAGUAUCUUAGAAAUCUUGAUCCUAAUUCAGCAUAUUAUGAUCCCAAAACACGUUCGAUGCGAGAUAAUCCUUAUAAAGGAACAGAUAAAGAGGCUGAUUAUGCAGGUGAAAAUUCUAUAAGGUUCACUGGUGACACUAAAGAACAUGCAAAAGCGCAAUUAUUUUCAUGGGAAGCUCAAGAGAAAGGAAUUAAUGUCCAUUUGUUGGCCGAACCGACUAGAAUUGAGCUUAUGAAACAAGAUAUUGAGAAGAAUAAAGAGCAAAUCAAAAGUGUGGUUCGUGAUAGCAUAAUUGAUAAAUAUGGAGGUGCCGAACAUCUUGAUGCUCCACCACGUGCGUUAUUAUUAGCACAAACUGAGGAGUAUAUAGAGUAUUCCCGUACUGGACAGAUAAUAAAAGGACAAGAGAAAAAAAUCAUUAGAUCAAGAUAUGAAGAAGAUAUUUACAUCAAUAACCAUACAACAGUUUUUGGAUCGUAUUGGCGGAACGGUCAAUGGGGUUAUAAAUGUUGUCAUUCAUUGAUUAAAAACUCAUAUUGCUGUGGUGAAGCUGGUCAAAGAGCUAUAAAGGAAGCAGAACAAUUUUCCGGAAAUGCUACUCAAUCAGAAUAUAAAGAAGCAAAAAUUGAAGAAGUCAAAAAUACAAAUAAAGAAAAAACUAAAGACUCAUCCGAUAAUUCAAGUGAGUCUUCUGAAGAAGACACUCGCACUACAACUGAAAAAAAAUCAAAGAAGGAAAAGAGGAAGAACAAGAAACGCAAGCAUAAGGAGAAAAAGAAAAAUAAAAAGAAAGAAGAAGAUAAGUUGAAAGAAGCUUUGAGAAAAGAAGAUGAGCAUAAUAAAAAUAUUGAAAAAUUGCUUCAAAUGGAUGAGAGAAAAAGGCCUUAUAAUAGUAUGUACAGUGCUAAAGAACCGACUGAAGAGGAAAAAGAAGCUUACCAAAUGAAGAGGUUUAGGGAAGAAGAUCCCAUGGCACAAUUUAUGUAAAACUAAGGUUAAAUAAUUAUUGUAAAUAUAUUUAUAGAAGAAUAAUCUUUAUAAAUGCAGACAAUGCACCUGUAUUAGAUGUAUUAUAACAAUGAAUAUGUUAUAGCUUAUGGGUAUAUUAUAUAAAUCUAUGUAAUUGAAUUCGA